AUUAUGUCUUCACCCAAAAAGUCGUCGUCUUCAAAGCCAAAGGCUGCGGUAAAUGAGAGCAACUUCUCGGCUUGGGUCAUGAAAUGGGUGACACGACUUUCAAUGUUGGGCGUCAUCUACACCCUCUACACCUUCUUGGAUUCCAUCAAGCACCGGUGGUACAUCUUCGACCCUGAAAGCCUGCACCAGCUGUCGCAAGCAGCCAUCGCUGCCCACCCCAACGACACAGCAGGCAUGAUCAAGUACAUCACCGCCAACCUCACCGCGACCUACCCCUCCAACAAAAUCCGCAUCAACCAGGACGUGAACGAGUGGGUGUUCAACAAUGCCGGAGGCGCGAUGGGUGCCAUGUACAUCAUCCAUGCCAGCAUCACCGAGUACCUCAUCAUCUUUGGUACCCCCCUGGGCACGGAGGGACACACUGGAGUGCACACCGCCGACGACUACUUCAACAUUUUGACUGGUGAACAGUGGGCGUUCUACCCCGGUGCUCUGGAGAUGGAGAGGUACCCUCCCGGAAGCGUGCACCACCUUCCCCGAGGCCACGUUAAGCAAUACAAAAUGCACAAGGGAUGCUUUGCUCUUGAGUAUGCUCGAGGCUGGAUCCCACCUAUGCUUCCCUUCGGUUUCGCCGAUACCCUCACCUCCACUCUCGACUUUGGCACCUUCUGGCAGACCGCGGUCGUCACGGCUCGGGAGAUGUUCUACAACCUCCUUAUUGGCAAGAUCUAAGCAUUAUGCUUUGUCUAUUUAUAUACAUACAUAUCAUGCUACCUAGACACAUUAGCCUAUCAGUAAUACAUUAGAGUUGGAUGACCGCGA